AUGUCUCGUUAUUUGGAAUCCCUGUAUGGGAACAGCAGUGAUGAUGAUGAUCAAGAGGAUGAUUAUAGUGGCUCCGAAGAGGAACAAGUCCUGACUUUGGAAGAACAACGAAAAAUGGUGUAUGGAUAUAAUGAAGUUGAUCAAGAAGGACAACAAGAACAUGAUGAAGAAAUGAAUGAUGAUGAUGCCAUUGAUCAGUUGCAACAACAAUUUCGAUCCACCAGUACUCUCCGUUCAAAAACUAAAAUUGAUUUACCAAAACAAAAAAAGCAAGAACCAGAGAAGUUGAUUGUUUAUGUUGAAGAAAAGAAAAAGGAAGAAUUGAAUUGGGAUAAAACUUAUGAAUCAUUGUCGAAAAGAAAGAUUCAUUUGAAGAGAUUUCAAAUGAGAGAUUUGGAGGCCCACAAAUUGCAUUACGACAAAAUUGAUUAUCCAACCAGUUUUGAAAAAACUGCUGAAGUCUCUGACGACGAAAACUCUGACAGCGAUAGCGCCGAAGAUGGCAAUCAUGAUGAAGAAAAUGGCGAAACAUCGUCAAAGAAGCCAAAGAAGAAGAUCUCAAAAGGUUUUCAGCAAAAAAUUGUGAAACAAAACAUUGAUCUUUCUCUUUCAAAGAUGGCAGGAUGCAUUGCAGGAGGUAAUUUGAUAGUGUUAUCAGGAGGCUCUAAGGACGGUAAAUUGUAUUCGCAACUCGUGGCUUAUGACACCAAGAAUGAACGAUGGAUUGAUUUGAAAGAAAGAAUGUUUGAACAACAUGCUCUACUGAAAGAUGCGGGCAUGUCUUCAUCUUUUUUAUUUCCUCCUCCCAUGUCAGGCCAUGUACUUACAGUACUCGGGGAAGCGUUGAUUUGGUACGAUUGCAAAAAGACUGCUUUAGCGUUGAGGUUCUUUAUGGACCUUACAAAACAGAAGUGGAGACCAAGAAAACCAGACGAUACAAAAAUGAUACCUAAAUGGCUGAAAAUUGAUAUUAAUGACAGUAACGUUAUCAAAGACACCCAAAACCAUGGUUCUUGUUUGACAGAUAAUGGGUUUUGGAUCUUUGGUGGAAGAGAUGUCAACUCUAAUAUGGUGACUAACCAAUUGAUUUUGUGUGAAUUUGAGAAAGAGAGAUAUAAUUACUAUAACAGACAACACUAUUCUGAUGACAAUGUGGGAUAUCACAUGACAAGAAAAGUUAUUGUGGCCAAAAACAUGCCCCUGCCAAGAGAAAAUCAUGCUCAGUGCACUGUAGACCGUAAUUUGUACAUUUUUGGAGGCAACUACACUACAAAGGACCACUUAUUGAACGACCUACACGUAUUCAAUCCUACUAUUAACAAAUGGACUGAAAUUGAUUUGACAUAUGUACCUCCUCCAAUGAGAGAACAUUCCUUAAGUAGUUGUGACAAUAGGUAUAUUUAUCUUGCUGGAGGAAUUCUUGAGAACAAUGUUGUGAGUGAUGUACUUUACAGAUUAGAACCAAAAACUAAUAACUUCUUCGUCAUUAAUCCAGGAGGACCUUCAACGCAUGUUUUACUUGGCAAUGGUUCGGUAACACCAAAAGAUUUACAGAAACCUAGAGCUUCACAUUUGGCUGUCAGCGACUGUUCUCACGUUUACAUCUUUGGUGGACUUUCGGAUAUUUCAAAGAGAACAUACUGCAACUAUGGAGUUGUUCUUAAAGAAGUUCUCGAUGUUGGUGUGGAAAAUAGCUCCUAUCAUUAUUUACUAAACGAAUUCACAAAACAACGCAACGAAGAUUUGGUGGGCUAUGAUGUAAUUUUGAGAGUUGCUGAUAGAACCUCUAGAGAAAGCGAGUAUUUAUAUUGUCACAAAUGCCUACUUUCAUCACGAUCUACUUACUUCAAGGAACUUUUCAAAAAUUCCUCACCUGAAAUUGUGGAUGAAAAAGAAUUAUAUGAGAUUAAGGACUAUCAUUUGGAUAGCUUGUCUAUUUAUGUCCGAUUUUUAUACUGUGGAGACAUUGUUAUACCUGAAGAAUUGACUAACCAGUUGGAGAUUCUUCAAGAUUUGUUAACCAUCUCCAAGCCUGAUUGCGAAAGACAGGGAAUUAUUACAGAUAUCUGUAGCCAAAAACGACUGUUCUUGGACAGCUCCACUGCUGUGUUGAACCAGUUGAAAUCUGAUUUUGAAGGUCUUUAUACGCAAAUUGAACAAACCAUUGACACCUUUAUUCCUGAGCCGUGCGAUGAGAACAAUUACGCAGAUGUGACUAUUCAAAUUUUAGAUCCAAACACUGACGAAUUGAUUCACCAAUUAAGAGCUCACAAAUUAUUCCUUUGUAAGUCGGGAUACAUUCAUACAGUGUUCCAAUCGAACAUGGAAGAGUCAGCAACUGGCAUUAUCAAAUUUUCAGAAAUUUCUCUCAAAGGGUUGUUGUGUGUCUUACGAUAUCUCUACACCAAUGACAUUUUAAUUCCUCUGGAAAACUCUGUUGAAGUUUUCAUUGCUUCUCUGCUAUUCCAGUUGAAUGAGUUGGCGAAUUAUGCCAGAACCAUUGUUUGUCAACAUAUUACCAUCGAAAAUGUGAUUGACAUAACCUUCUUAGUGGAUGUCUAUAACGACUUGGCUCUUAAAAACAAUUGUAUUCGGUGUCUUGUUCAAAACUAUGAAAUACUUUCCAAACAAGACGCCUUUGAAACCUUACCUGCUGACAUCAAAGGUGAAGUGAAAACUCGAUACUUUGAACAAUUGAAAAAGAUCACCAAAAUGAAAGCCAAAGAAAGAAUGAAAAAUUCUCAAAAACAUCAUCCUAGAAACCAUCAAUAA